UUGACGGCGUUGCAGCUGUGAUGUGCUGACAGUAUGAGAUUCGCCUCGUUUGUGGCUCUGUGUAUUAUUAAGAGUUUUUUUUUAAAAAACCCCAGCAUGGGGAACUUUCAGUAAACCUGUGUAACUCUGCGCUCUGCCGUCAGAGAGGCGCGUGCGUCUGAUUCGAAGCGCUCGGACUCUGGAGCGGCUCCAGUCUGUUUCCAAUCUGAAGCCAAUCGGACUUCAGCCGGUGUCGUGAUUAUAUAUGAGCGGAACAUAUAUGAGUCGGGAUUAGAGAUCGUCAUUAAAGGCACAGAGAAUGGACCUGACGGGCUUGUACUUCAUGCAGCUGCUGUUCUCAGCCCUGCAGGUGAUUUUAUGUGUAGGAAGAGACUGCCUCCUGGCUGGGGACUCAUGCUCCAGCGAUGAGACAUGCAGUCCGCGCCUCAGGACCCUGCGGCAGUGUGUGGCCGGAGACGGCACCGUGAAGCUGGGCCCUGGUGCACGAAGCCAGUGUGCCAAUGCCGUGUCGGCUCUGCUGUCCAGCCCGCUGCAUGGCUGCCAGUGUCGACGUGGCAUGAAGAAAGAGAAGAACUGUCUGAGUAUAUACUGGAGUCUCUAUCAGUCUGGCAUUCACGGGCUCAACCUGGUGGAGAGCUAUCCAUACGAGACAGUGGAGAAAGGGUAUGACUACGUGCGUCUAGCCUCCAUUACAGCAGACUCUGAUCUUGGCCUUUCGACGGCAAACCGGUGCCUGGAUGCGGCCAAAGCUUGCAAUGUGGAUGACCUGUGCCAGAGGCUGCGCACUGAAUAUGUGUCAGCAUGUAUCAAGCCUUCAGGCAAAUCGGGCCUGUGCAACCGCUCCCGCUGCAACAAGGCCCUGCGCCGAUUUUUUGACCGCGUGCCCCCUGAAUACACGCAUGAGCUGCUCUUCUGUCCCUGCAGCGAUAUGGCAUGCUCGGAGAGACGACGCCAGACCAUCGUCCCCGGCUGCUCGUACGAGAUGCCAGAAAAACCCAGCUGUCUGACGCAGAUGAGGAGCUGCAGAGCCGACUACAUCUGCAGGUCCCGUUUGGCCCAGUUUCAGUAUGACUGUCAGCCAGAAGAGCAGUCCGCCAGCGGCUGCAAGCACGGCAACUAUGCUGCCUGUCUCGUAGCCUACACCGGCCUAAUAGGCAGUCCCAUCACUCCAAAUUACGCGGACAACACCACAUCCAACGUGGCGCCCUGGUGCACAUGCUCAGCGAGCGGCAAUCAGAGACAGCAAUGCACAGAGUUUCUGGAUUAUUUCACCAACAACAUCUGUCUCAACAACGCUCUUUUGAUGUUCGGGAAUGGAAUGGACCACACACCCACUCCCAGCCAAACAGAUCGUCGAAUCCCUGUGACGGACAGAGAUGCACGAAACAGUUCUUCUGGCUUUGUCUCCAUGGAUACAGAAGAGAACAUUGCGAGCCCAACCAUUUCAAGACAGGACACCGAAAGGGAGAGACUUUGGGGUGACUCCACCAUUCCCACCGACACACAGCGUAACUCUGGUCAGGUGUCCUCUCUGGUAAAUGUGCCAGUACUGACCAGUCUGCUGCUCCUCCUUCUGCUGAGCUGUGAGCAGUGAAAUACUUGUGUGGGACAGACACAGAGCCUGGGCCAAAGGACCAACUGCAAUGUUAUUUUUUUUAAAAUCAAGACUAUGGGGAAAAAACCUGCCUCCACCCGCCCCUCUCCCUGUUUCAUUGUGCUAUCUGUGUAUUUCUGUGGAAUGGUUGGAUUUGACAAGACAGUUUAUUAAUGGACCUGGUGCCUGGUGUAUGGUUAAUCUAAUUGGAAAUCAUCCUUGUACAUAUGUACAUAUCAUUAUGCAGAGUCGAUAUCAGAGUUUAUUGUUUGUGAAUAAUUUUAGCUCCAAGGCCUACAUUUUCUAGGGACAUUUAUGAGUGUGGUGCCUGCUGCGUUUGAUAACCAAAUUAAUGUGCAAUGCUCUAAACUAGGCUGAAAUGUGUGGAGGGAAGAGUCACAGCCUCGCGUUUCUUUUCUAUAGCUCCUCAUGCAUCACUUCAAGUGUUCAGAGGCGCCUGUGGAGUAAACUGGGAUUUAAUGUCAUUUUGUUCAAGUUGACUGAAGACGAAGACUAGGGCUGCCUCUGAUCAAUAUCCGGACUGGAAAGCCUCUGGGUGAAGGUAAACAAAAGGCCUCUCGACGUUUGAACCGAUAUUUGGGAUAUCUCUGUUUCUAGAUCAUUCCAAGGUAUUAUGUGUGUGUGUGUGUGUUCAGGAACGUAAGCGCUUUUUCUCUAUGCCUGACUGAAGAACAAAUAUAAGCCAAACAUCUGUGAUAUCUGUUGCUUUAGUCUUGUGCAAGCACAAUGGACCAUUUGAGACAAAAACAGUGGACAAUUCUACAAUGUUAUUUACCUUUGGGUUUACACUCUUGAAUCCUGUAUAGUUUAAUCUUUUAUUUCUCAGACACACCUGACAAAAAUCUGACGCUUCAAAUGAAUUGUGUAAAACUUAAAAAAAACAUACUAAACUGUCCUGGAGCACAGUAACAUAAACAGUGCUGAAUCAAUUCUGCACAUUUGCAGUGUAUUGAAUUAGCAUUGAUGAAUUCAA